AUGAAGGAGUCCGAGAUCAAGCGCAACCCUCACCCGGACUUCAAGAAGGUCGAGGGCUCGCGGCCAGCCUGGGACCGUGACGCCGAGGGCUUCAAGUUCACGCAGACGGCCUCGUCCUCGUGGGAGUUCGGCUCCGGCGCAAACGACCUGGCCAGCGAGGAGCAGAAGCGCAAGCAGCACAUCACGAUCGACCCCUUCGCCGAGGGCCGCGCGCCGGUCAAUAACUACAAGCUGCUGAUCUCGGCCGUGGUGCCGCGUCCCAUCGCCUUCGUGUCGACCGUCUCCCCGGACGGCAAGACGACCAACCUCGCGCCCUUCUCCUACUUCCAGGUCAUAAGCCACGACCCGCCCCUCUUCAUCAUCGGCUUCGCGUCCUCGCUGGCGGGGGCCGCCGCCGCCAAGCACACCCUGCACAACCUCGCCGAGACGCGCGAGUGCACCAUCAACAUCAUCAGCGAGCACUUUGCCGAGGCCGCAAACAGCACCAGCGUCAACGCCCCCUACGGCACGUCCGAGUGGGCCGUUUCGGGGCUGACGCCCGCCUACGACUGCCACACCGUCAAGCCCGCGCGCGUGAGGGAGGCCGUCUUCUCCGUCGAGGCCAAGCUCGAGAGCCUGCGCGAGUUCGAGAGCCGGAGCAAGCCCGGCACCAAGAACGCCACCAUGGUCGUCGUCGAGGGCACGAGGUUCUGGGUGCGCGAGGACGCCAUCAACGAGGACAGGAACCUCAUAGACCCGUCGGUCCUCCGGCCGAUAAGCAGACUGGGCGGCAUCACCUACGGCCGCACGAUCGAGGGCUUCGAGCUCCUCCGGCCCGAUUUCGAAAAGAACCUCGGUGGCUCGGAGGGUUACGAGAAGCUUGAGGGGGAGAGGGGAGGCAAGGAUGAUAGCCACGCCGAUGGAAAGAUAUAA